CUUCCGGGUGGAGGGAGGAGAAACAUGGCGGCGCCCAUGGAGCUGUAUUGCUGGAAGGGAGACUGGGGGCUUCCCAGUGUGGACCCCGACUGCCUGACUGUGCUGACUUACGCCAGGUUCUCCGGAGCACCUCUGAAGGUCCACAAGCUGUCCAACCCCUGGAGGAGCCCGUCAGGUAAGCUGCCGGCCCUGAAAACACCAAACGACGGCGUUCUCUUCCAGCCCGCCAAAAUUAUUACCCAUCUCAGGAAGCAGAAGUACAACGCAGAUUACGACCUGUCGGCUAGACAGGGAGCGGAUACCCUGGCCUUCAUCUCCCUUCUGGAGGAGAAACUUUUGCCAGCUCUGAUCCACUCAUUCUGGGUAGACGCCAAGAACUACGUGGAUCAUACGCGCAAGUGGUACGCCGAAGCCAUUCCAUUCCCGCUCAACUUCUACAUCCCCAACCAGAUGCACAAGAGACAUCUGGAGCACCUCCAGCUCAUCCGCGGCGAGAGCUGGAGGGAGGAUGACGAGGUGCUGGAGAAACAGCUGUACACAGACGCACAGGAAUGUCUCAGCCUCCUAUCGCAGCGGCUUGGGACACAGAGAUUCUUCUUCGGAGAAUGCCCCGCCUCACUGGACGCCCACAUCUUCAGCCACCUCGCUCCCAUCCUGAACGCCAAACUCCCCAACAACCGGUUACAGCAGCACCUGAAAUCCCUGAACAACCUGUCCCAGUACGUCAGCUCCAUCCUCAGCAUCUACUUCAACAUGGACGGCGAGGCCCUCCCUCACCUUUCACCAAAGUCCCCAAAGGCUGAGUCUCCAGACAUCGAUGACGAGCCCAAUAAGAGGCGGAACCAGAUCCUGUCGGUGGCGUUUGGGCUGUUGACGAUGGUCAGUUAUGCUCUGCUGAGCGGAAUAAUCUCCAUACAGCACGCAUCGAGAGGGGUUGGGGCCCUGGAGCCGCCCAUUGCUAUGGAAGACAACGAUGAAGACGAAGAAUGAUUGGAAUCUUAUUGGCUGCCUGCAUUCCGUACCGGAUCCUCCAAGGC